GCCGGCCGCUCACUCUCUCCAGCCCCGCGCCCGACUGCACGCUCCUCGCCGGGGCAGGAGGCUCUGCGGCGCGGGGCAGGCGAGCGCCGGCACAAAUGCUGCUUAAAAUGGCUGAUUCCCCUCCACCCGAGCUGCAGCCGCCGGCUCUGCAGCGGGGGCUGACGAGCGGCCCCCACUCCCACCCUGGAGACCCCGCCGAAGUCCUGGCCGACUGCCGCGAAGGAAGGGAGGGCCGCGAAGCCGAGCUCCAGUCCCCCUGCCCCGUCCCACACCCCAGACCUCCUGUGUGCGCCCAGGAAGACUGUCACGGGAGAAAUGGAAAGUGCCACCACCCCGGGCAGGCUCCGGAUCCGAGCCGGGGGGAGCCCCGCACCGCAGCCCCGCGGCCCCCCACCUUGAUAUUUGUUGUCCAGCUCCCGCAACACGGACACGUUCCUCUGCAUGUCGUGGGGCAGCGACUCCACGCACUCGAGGUAGUCCUGCACGUAGCAGGUGAGCAGCCGGCUCCGCUCCCCGGUCAGGAGCGCGGCCGACGAGUAGAGUUGCUGCUGCUGCUGCCCUAACAUCCUGCCGCCGCCGCUGCUGCUCCGCGCCGCCGCCGCCGCCGCCUCCGCAUCCAGCGGCCACACAUGCACCAGCCGCGGCCGCCGCGGCUCCUCUGCUCGGCGGCCCGGCGCCGCGGGGACACCGGCAGCCGCUCGAGAGGGCACAGCCGAGUCCCCCGAUCUCCACUCCCCCCCAAAAAAGCCCUCACUCCCCGCCCCCGCGGGAACAAGCCCAGGGGCGGGGCGAGAUCAGGGCUCCCUCCUUUUUCCCCUCCCUCCCCAGGGCUGGAGUAGCGGGGAUCCCCCGGCGGAGCCGCCGCCUGGCUCCUGGGCGCUGACACUUCCUGUCCCCCUCGGAGUCCCCAGAUGCUACCAGUGCCGCCGCGCAGCUCGGAUCCCCAUGACAAGCCCCUCGCUGCCCCCUUUCCUCCCAAUCACCCUCCGUGCUUGUCGGAGAGUCUCUCACUGGACUGCCCCCGCCCCUCCGCCUGCGGCCGCCUCUGCGCCUGCGCAGGACGCACUCCUAAUAAGGCCGGGGGCCCGCCCCUACCGCCCUACCGAAGGGUUCGCAUUCUCCCGCCUUCCCUCCGCCACCCGGGCGAUUGGUCUGUCAACUCUCGGCCCGAGGGGAGGGGGCGGAGGGCGGCCAAACGGCAGGCUGCGCCCCGCCCCCCCUUAAAGAGGAAGCACUGCCGUGCCCGCCUCUUUGCUCAUUGACUGAAUGGGACUCGAGAGGGCAGGUGGCGGAUUCCUCCCUUCCGUCCUUCCCACAGGGAGGGGGAACUCGGCGCAGCUCCCUCGGCCCGGUGUUACUGACGUUUUACCCAUGAGGUGGAUCUGGCGCGGCCUCUCGCGAGCCUUAAAAGGAGCAGCAGGCGGCCGCCUUUCGCUUUCGCUCGGAGGGAGGCCUGCGGGAACUACGACUCCCAGCGUGCAGCGGGCGCGCUCCCGGCAUGCGCGGCGGCCAGGUUCCCGCCGACCCGCCCUGGCUCGCCGGCCGCCGCCUGGGCGCUACCCUCAGGCCGGGUUCUUCCUCCCGCCGCGGCCUUCGGGCUCACGAAGCACCGGGGGGCCGAUUGCGGAGAAAUGACAUCUUCAGGGAGAAGACGGAAGAAAUGCCUGAAGUGACAAUAGAAAUAUUUUCUUCUGGUAUCUGGCUAAGAAAGAAUGGGAGUGGCAACUCUGCUGUAAUGAAUAAUGCCCCGUGGGGAGAAGGGAAGAAAAACAAGAAAGGAGCAAUUAACAGGGAAAUGAGGUCAUAUGGAAAGAAGAAGACAGAUUCAGGAAAUUUCUAGGAGGUAAUAUCAACGGGGUUUAGUGACUAUAUUUAGGGGAUGGAGGAGAAGAGAAGUCAUCUAGGGUUUUGGCUUGGGCCACAAGUAAAUUGUGGCAAGGCUAGGUGAAAUAGAAAAUCCAGGAGGCAAAGCAGGGUACAUCUUUGGGCUCUGUCAAUCUUAGACCUCCUCUUACAAACAGCAUAAACACUGCUUCCUAUGUGUAACCUGCUUGUUUGUAAAGAACAGCCAACAAUAGAAAUUGGAGGUUGGGAAUGUGUUGGGAAGAGCAGAGACACUAGAGGAAAUGAUUUAGAGAUAUAGUGGUCUUAAAAAUAUCUUCCCACAUGGCAGGACUUAAUUAGCUUUGUAUUAUUGCUGUUAGUAAGCCAGGAAUUGGUAAUAGUGAUAGCCAGGAUAUACAGACUCUUGUGCAGAAAAAGUUAAUGUGCAGCUCUGUUUGCUUAUUCCUUGCAUGUCUCCAAGGAAACCAUGAUUGACCCUUGGGAACCCUGGGAAUUUGGCCGUUGCAGUGUGCUUUAUGUUAGUGAUGGUGAUUUUGUUAUAUACCCCUGGAGCAAUGGAUCAUGCCAUACUGGCUUGUCGGGUUGCUUUGCACAAACGUGCACCUGGUUUUAUUGUUGGGGUCCUGAGUUUCAGUUGCCAUGGCUGACUGCAUAGCAGACUAUGUGUACAUUAAGAGCCCCCCAUAAAAGUCUUGGACCCUGAGACUCAAAUGGGCUUACAUGGGCAGAGACAUUUCAUGCAUGCCUGUAGCUUGCUGCUAGAGAGAGAGAGAGAGAAUUCCUGUGUAGCUUAGACAAAAGACAUUGCAAGCUUAUGCUGAACCUCUCUGGACCUCACCAAUGCAUCUUUUUCCUGUUGCUUUUGCUCUCUAUCCUUUGCUGUGAUAAAUACAUGAAAAACAAUAGGAUGUAUUGGAGUAUACGAAGAAGCCAUAUGGUGUAAAACUAAUUCGGCCUGACGUUGUUUUUCCAAAAGGGCCUGGCCUGGCCUGUUGAGCAUGCAUUGUACAUCUGCUUUUAAUAUUUACUAUGUACCAAAGACAAGAAUGAUGCCCGUAAAGAUAGGGAUGUAGCUUCCCCCCAUAUCAUCAUUUCUUUAAGGAUAAGCAUCUCUUCCUGGAAACUAAGGAUUAAUUAUCAACCUGCUGUGCUCACCUUGUGACCACUGACCUGCUGACCACCGAUCUGCUGUGCCAGCUACGCGUCUCGUGACAAUUGUAAAAGGGACAUUCCUGUCACAUGUGAUGUAUGCUCUUUGUUCUGAGAUGGUAUAUAACCACUCUGUGCACCCCACUUCUUUGGUGCCCUUCCUUCAUCAGGGAAGGAAGGCCCCGGGCUAGUCCUCAGAUCAGGCUCAUAACAAACUCACCCCAAUUUUGAUUUAUAGAUUGAUUAUGGAUUAUUUGCAUCGACAGCUGUAAUAAAUCUUCACCAUGUGUAUAACCUGCUAUUGAAUCCUGUGAGUAUGGGCCGGCCCCAUGGCUUAGUGGUUAA